AUCAAUCUGGCAACCUCUACAGUCCUAUACUGAGAAGCUUCGCUCCUGGAUGUGACCAAUCAGAAGCCAUUGGGCGGGGCUUCGACAGCGAUUGACUGGAUUGUUGCAGCAAGCUGAGUGUCGGAGUUUUAUAAUAAACACUAGGUGCCGAUGGAUCCGGCGGUUCUGUAGGACCAGAGCUCGGAUCUUGGCUCGAUGGCGGCAGGCAGUGGCAACGUCAGAGCUUCCCGCUCUGGAUGGGUGGCGUUCAGCGAUGAACCGGUGCACACAGGUGAACACGCUGACAUGGGUGUGUCCCGUCCCGUAUCCGACUCUCCGUCUUGGGAAAUCUCAGUUUGUGUCCCUGACGUGCAGCAGCGCAGUAGCUGGGUGCACUUUGAUGAGAAACCCUGGACCCCGUCACCUCCACUUCCUCCUUCUCAUCCUUCACACCCACCCUCGCAGGUAAAAGGCCCCAGACACAGCGUGUGUUCCUCGGCCAGUUUCUGGAGCUCGGCUCCUGCCUCCGAAGGAGCGCCGUCCGAGGAGCUGAGCUCGGCGAGCAUGGACGCCUCAUCAGGUGACCUCCCAUCUCUCAGCACAGAGGAACCUCCGAGUCACGGCGAGUCACCUCCACACUCGCCACAUUCAUCUGUAUGCCUCGAGGAUGAUGGAGUAAACAUGGAUACGCUCAACUGGACGACGGACAGCUCUCAUACGAACGGCCAAUCAAACGCCGGCAUGAGCCGCUUUGCCAGCUGGGUGACUUUCGACGAUGACGAUGACGACGUGAAGGAGCCAGCCUACCAUCCCACCCCCAAACCGUCCUCCAUAAGGAUCGGCAACCUGAACAGUUUUCGUUUACAGGACACCAACAGCAACUUGAUUGUGUCCUCUGUCCAAAACAGUUCAGACAGACACAUUCUGGAUUUAACUCCAGACAGAACGGAUUCUGUGUUCUUCGAAAGCCCGCUGUUAAACAGCAGCACACCUUACACCAAAAAGAAUCCCUUUCUCCAUGAGGACUUUUCAAACAUUUCACCCUCUUCUAUUAACCCCUUCAGCGCCUAUUUUAGUAAGACGGCACUCACGUCAUCUGACAGCCACGAAACCCAGGGUUUCUUUGAUUCUUCUCUCCCUAAUCCUGACACCCAAAGGGACUCCACCCUUUUCUUUUCCACUGUGGAGGGUUCAGAUGGUGGGACUGAGACUGGGACUACUUACUUCUCAGGUCAUCUUGGAGAUAGCCUGGAUCCAUUCAAAAGCAUGCAGAUCUCUGAUCCAGACCAGGAACCUUCGCUACCAGAAGACACUGUGGAUGCAGGGGAUGUGGAGGAAAUUCCCUAUGUACCAUCUCACAUGGCUCCUCAAGAUGGCUGGCCCAUGCUCCUGCGCAUUCCAGAGAAGAAGAACAUCAUGUCCUCUCGGCACUGGGGGCCGAUCUUUGUAAGACUCAGCGAUGCCGGUCAGCUGAGGCUCUAUUAUGAGAAAGGUCUGGAGAAACACUUUAAGGAGUUCCAGCUCAGCACCCAGCUGGAGAUCUCCGAACACAAAAUGCAACAUUAUGAGGAGAACGGCCGUGUCCACACCCUCAGCUUGGACCAGGUGGUAUACAAGGAGAAGCGCAAGAUCCAGCCAAAAGUCAGCGUGGUUCACACGCCUGUGAAGGAGCAGCUGGUAAAGCUUGGAACCACAGACUACCAGGAUUUUCUAAGCUUCAGGUACGCCUUGCAGGAAAAGCUGGCCGUGUUGUCGGCAGACGUGGACGCCGUCGCCUCACCUGUGCCUUACUCUGAGGAGGAGAUGCAGGUGGAAGUUUUAGAUCUCUUUUACGGCGUUCUAUCCAAAGAUGACAACCAUAUUUUACAACAGUUGGUAACGACACGGAUUUCUGUGCUUGCCUUUUUAACGAGUUCGACCCCCUGCCGCAUAGGUCUCAACGACAUCCAGGUAAAAGGUAAAGAGGUGGUGUCACGGCAUGACAUCAUCCCCAACACCACCACGCGUUGGAUCCGUCUGCGUGACUGUCGGCUGCACAAGUGUGCAGACGAAGCGGAGUUUACAGAAUCCAGGACCAUCUCCUUCGAGCCUCCGUCUGGACGGAGAUUUGAUCUCCUGCGUUUCCGGACAGCGUACGCCGAGAAGACGCUGCCCUUCACCUUAAGAACGGUUGUCAGUGUCCGAGGCGCGGAGGUGGAGCUACAGUCCUGGCUAGUGAUGUCAACAGGCUUCUUGUCCAAUAGGGACCCUCUAACGCUGAUCCCCUGCGAAAACAUUGCUAUCCGUUACCCCAUUCCCGAAACAUGGGCAAAGAACUUCCGCAGAGAGAGUGUGACGGGGGAAAAGUCGCUGAAGGCACGCUUUAAUAAAGGAGCAAGCUUUGGUUCUGUGAGCACAUCAGGGUCAGAACCAGCGAUGAGGGUCACUCUGGGUACUGCAAAGUACGAACAAGCCUUCAGAGCCGUGGUGUGGAGAAUCAGCCGCCUGCCGGAUAAAAACUCAGCAUUGGGUCACCCUCACACCUUCUUUUGCCGUUUGGAGCUGGGAUCUGACCGGGAGGUGCCAGACAAGUUCCAGAGUGUGUUGGAGGUGGAGUUCGACAUGCCCGCCGCUUCAGCCUCGAAGACCACCGUCCGCUCUCUGUCUGUCCGAGACCGGGCCGAGCUGAAGAAGUGGAUCACUUACAAAGCGCAUUACUCCUACCAGGUGGAGAUCGAGCAGAAGAACGAGGGAGUGAUGGAGCACCAGGAUCAGGACCAUGUGACUCCGUGCGCUCAGCAGUGAUGACGGAACGCUCCUCCUUUAUUCGGGUUAAAAGUUGCACUUUGAAUGAUGGGAAACACUGAAAGACAUCUUUUUUUUUAUUUGUUAUAAUAAAAAAAAAUUUCUGAGAUGAGGAUUUUUUGUAAGUUUGGUAUAAAUGACUGAACCACAUCUGAAAACGAGACCGUCGCUUCAGGACCAUCGAGUUCAUUUCCAAGAAAGUUCGUCCUACACCAUUAUGAUACUGCACAAAAGUCUUGGCACCCCGUCUCUACGUAGUUUUCAAUCCAAAUGUAGUCUUGAUUGUUUCAUUUUAAGUCUAACGUGUCUUUAGAAAAUUGCACAACGAUGUCAAGACGAGAACUUUUACAGUUUUAAACUAAAAAAAAAAAGCUUAAUGCAUUUGUUUCACACAACUCCUCUGUACUGAAGAUCGCACAAGACGUCAUCAAACACGUAUUUAGAUCAGUUUAUAUAACACGUCACGAUGUUUUGGCUCUUAUUUCACAGGGAACCUUGAUGUAAAGUGUUUGUGGAUUUCGUUACCUGCCCCUCAGGUGUUUGUACUGUACACUAAUGUGUGAAUUACAAGGGAAAAAAAAACACGCUGCAUGAACUUUGUGUUGUAAAUAAUGAACUGAUUGAAUUAACCCCAGAACUUACCAGCUUUUUCUGACGAAGCUGAACGUCAGAGUCACCAUCGGCUCCUGCGGUCGAAACCGUUUGGUCCGAAAGCAGCGGCGAGGAAACGGAGGAAGGAAUUCGGGUUGAUUUCCAGAAGAAAAAAGAAAAAUCUGGUUAAACUUGACCUCCAUUCCAGAUUAUUCAGGUCAUCACUUCCUAUCAGGGUCGGGGGAAAAAACCUGGACAAAUAUUAAAUCAGAUAUUAAAUAAAGAUAUUUUUUAUACUUUCCCACAACGAUAAACGUUCCUAUAAACGGAUAAAAAUCACAGUUCAUCGUUUAUUAAUAAGUAGAAGUUUGUUGAACUUAAAGCAAUGAAACUUUUGGGACUUCACACUGCUGAUCACUUACAGUACACUAGUGUUAAAGGAAGACGAUUUUUUCUCUCAGUUUUUUUCACUUUUUUUUUUUUUUAAACAUUAUUAUUAUUAUUAUGAUGAAGAAAAAUCAAGAAAAUAAAAUUUUUGGACAUAAAAGUUUGUUGUUCAGACAGAAUUUAAAUUCAUGUCUGAAAGCUUUUUGUUCCCCUUGUGUUAACGUCAGCAUUGAUUUCAGAGGGGAAAAAAUCUACUGUAUUGUUUAUUGUAAUAAUAAUAAUAAUUUUUUUUUUUUUUUUUUACUAACAGCUAUAAAAUAUU